UCAAUGGUUGCAGACGGGAAGGGAACUUUGCGACAACAGAAUACCUCCAACGUUACGCCAACGGCUGUGGAUGGUAUCAUCAAAGUCUCCGACGAGGGGAAGAAAAUUGAUCAGAGGCUUGACCAGCAUGGGACUUAUGAGUUCGGUGGUCCACUAGGUGUCACGGCCAUCAUGACUGGUUUUCCCUUGCUCAUGUAUUAUCUCUGGAUUUGCCUAUGGUUCUACGACGGAAAGCUUGUUCACCCCACGUCGUUUGAGGAUGUCAAGCCUUUCCUGUUCAGAAUGUGGGAUCAUAUUUGCACUGAUGCAAGCCCCAAUGCUUAUGCGUGGAAAGUCUAUUCCGCAAACAUAUUUUUCCAGCUCUUCUUGGCUUGGAUUAUGCCUGGUUUCCAGCAGAACGGGCUUCCCGUUCCUUCAUUGGGCUACAAGACACUCAUUUACCAUUGCAACGCAAUUUACUCGCUCUAUGCGACCAUGGUGACUGCUGCCAUGCUUCAUUACACCGGCACUUUCCGUCUGACUGAAAUCAUUGACAACUACGGGCAUCUCAUGAGCGUUGCUAUGAUCUGGGGUUUCGGCGUGUCGUUCGGGAUGUACUUCAUCGCCGUUGCUACUGGCACUCAAAUACGGAUGUCCGGCAGCUUCAUUUAUGAUGUUUUCAUGGGCGCGUCACUGAACCCUCGGAUCGGUCCUGUUGAUUUGAAGAUGUGGGCAGAAGUUCGUAUUCCUUGGGUCAUCGUGUUUUUCUUGGCGGUAUCGGGUUGCUGCCAGCAAUAUGAGAAGUAUGGCGUUGUUACUCCGAACAUGGCAUUCAUGACCCUUGCAACGUGGCUCUACGUGAAUGCCUGUGCGAAAGGCGAAGAAUGUAUCCCCCAGACCUGGGAUAUGUAUCACGAGAAAUGGGGCUUUAUGGUCAUCUUCUGGAACUUGGCUGGUGUCCCUUUUUCUUAUGUUUACUCCGUCGUGUACAUGGCCUCUCAUGAUCCAUCAAAAUACAAAUUUUCGACACCCACCUACGUUGUCUUGUUCACCACGCUUUUGACAGCCUAUUAUAUCUGGGAUACUGCUAUGGCUCAAAAGAGCCAUUUCAAGAUGCAGACGCAAGGAAUUACCAAAUUCCGCACAUCAUUCCCUCAGCUUCCCUGGAAUACCGUUAAGAACCCUACCUACAUCCAGACUGCGCACGGAAACCGACUUCUCACCAGCGGAUGGUGGGCAUACUCACGAAAACCUAACUACGUAGCAGACUGGACGAUGAGCUUCACUUGGGGAGCUGUCAUCGGCAUGGCUACGCCUAUCCCUUACUUCUACUCGGUGUUUUUCAUCACCGUUCUGAUGCAUCGCUGCAGCCGUGACUUUGAACGGUGUUCUAUCAAAUAUGGAAAAGACUGGGAGAGAUACUGCUCUAUCGUCAAGUACAAAUUUAUUCCAGGCAUCUAUUAGAUACAUCUCCAGGAAACAUACCAUGACUGGCUCUUAGUAAAUUGCAGCAUGCGCUUUACGAUUGACGUACGUCACAUACCAGACUAAGGUUCACCGUUACCGUUCUUCAUGAAACGCGUUUAUUAUACAUCUACAUACUGAUGUUUAUAGGAUGUACCUAUAUCCACUCCACGCAUCGCCUUUCUCCCUCUUGGCUGCUUCGACUGUAACGAACCGACCGUUGCUUUCAUCUCCUUGUACGUCUUCAUCACCGAUGAGUUCGUCCCUCUCCCCUCUCUCUCGUUUCUUGUUCUCUCUGUUCGCAAAGAACAGAUAGAUCAUGGAAAAGAUAAUGCCAAGGCCAAUGUACAUAAGUACAAGACCUAAGUUUCUUUUGAGUAUUUGUUCAAACAAAGAGAUGAGUUAUGGUUAUUC